UUGAGUGAAAAUAUGAUAAACUGUAAUCGAAAGGAGAAACAUUAGUCGAGCCUGGUUGAGCCAGUUCUCUGAAUUUCAUCGAUAUACUUGAGCUCUUUGUUUAACAAUAGACGUCGUAAUUGCAAACUGUUUGGUUCAGCCGAGUUCGGCAGUUCAUUCGUCCAUUGUUUCUGAUUGUUUCAAUAUAUAAAUGGUGCCUUCCAGCGACAGAUAGUCAGUACUUUUAACACUGUGAUCAUUAAUCAUUUCAACUCGGUAUAACAUGGGCAAACAAAAAUAUAUGUGUUACACUGUGUCUCUUGGAAAGCACCUAAAAUUAUAGGAAAUUCAGGCUUUUCUUUCUUAUUUGUACAUAUUGAUCAAAACGACGUUCUCCAAAACGAAUGCUCGCGUGAUAAUAUAUGUAUAGCAGUUCGCGCGUUGCGCCACUUAUUUUCUCAUUCUUAGUUGGUGCCAUGAUGUAAAUAGUCUUUUUCGGAAGAACAACAUUGAACAAUCGGUUCAAGUCGAGAGAGAUGGUUGCUUCAUCAACUUAAGCUAUAUCUGAUCGCAAACGAUAUCAGAGAGAAACCUUAAUUUCUCUCUGACGAUAUAUAUCGGUACGAAUCUUGAUGCUUCUUCGUUGAUAGACGAUGUCUCGCGGUGACGAUAUCCGUUUGAUUGAGAGCAAUUGAGAGUUCUGUACUGGACAAUCGAGAGAGAGAGAGAGAGAGAGAGAGAGAGAGAGAGAGGGGAGAGAGAGAGAGAGAGAGAGAUUCAGCGCAGCUGAAUCAAAUCAAAACUACACCUGCAGAGAGCAGGCUGCAAUCAAAUACGCAGUGGUGCGUAGUUCGUGUUGGAUCGCGCAUCUCAGACCUCUCUGAGAAAGACAGAAAGGAACGCUGUGUUCUCUGGUCACUCAAAAGUCUAGACUUCGUAUUUGCCGAUUGUUUGUCGAUAAUUGAAAGAUGCACGUCACCUGCAAGUGCCUGAAUGUGUCCAUCAAGUCUAGAAGCGCUGAAUUGCAGCAGGUUAACGUUGAAUUGACAGAUCUAGAGCGUGCUGAUGCCUUUUUUCGAGAAGAUUUGGCGAGUAUAUCAGAAUUGGAAAAAAUUACUAAAGAACAACCUGGUUUAAUGGAAAAAAGAAAUGUUGGAUCCUGGAUUGUACACCGUUGUUGCAAUUGCUCAAUGUAUACUCACGCAGUUCACAGAGAAUACGGUGCUGCUUUAGUCCUCAUUAAUAACAAUAUUCUUCUAUCUCCCGAAGAAAUAAAUAAAUUAAAAUCCAAUCCAGAUUAUAGCCCAAUAUUUAGGGUAGUAAUUAAUCAUAGUUUGGAAGAUCUCGAUGAUUAUUUGCAACAGCCUAAAUUUUCUGUUUCACAAUUACCUAACGCGAUUCAAGUGGCCCUAGGUGGAUUACAACAACAGUUACAGGAGGCUAUACAACGUCAAACAAUAACUAUAGAAGAUAAAAUACAUGCGUUCACUGCUGAGCAGCAUCAAUUGUUGGAACAAUUUCGCGAAAGAGCACACAAUGAACAUAGGCUGUUAUCAAAACUAGUAUGUAGAGGUGACGAGACAAGUAGAGUAACCAAUAAUAUAGAAACUCCGCCAACAACUCCUGACGGUUUUAAAAGUAUCAUGACUACCUCUGCAGCUAGUACAGUAAAUCCAAAGUCUAAUAUAAUAUUCAGUGAUACAAAAAUAUCUAGUAGCCCAAACGUUAAACACGAAACAGCUACCAGACACUCCUCUAAAAGUAGCAUUAAUAAUGAAAAUUUGAGAAAAAAGGAUACAGUGUAUAUUAGUACCAAGGAAUCAGCUAGCUUCGAUACAGAAGUAUUGUUUCCUUUUGAAGGAAUGGAGGAUACAGACACAGCCAGCCAAGAACUUCUAUCCUCUUCGGAAGACACUGAUGGAUCUGAUACUGAUGAUUCAAGCCAAAACGAGGAGAUUCAUAUGCCAAGAGGACAGCGGGAUGGUCAUUCUACGUUAGCUAAAUCAUUACCUGUUAUCGUGCCUGUUUUCCCUUCUAUCGUUCAUCAUACAAUACAGGAUCAAGACGAUGAUCAGUUACCAACUGAGCCACACAACAUUCGAGCUUCAAUGAAAGCCUUAGCUAAAAGCGUUAAUACUGAUACAGUAUUUGGAGAUUUACCACGUCCCAGAUUUUCUACUCAGAUCUGAUUUAUCAAGUAUGAUAAGAGAAAUUCAGUCAUGAUUUUUUAAUUUUUUGAUACAAAAAAUAUAUCACAGUCUCUAUCAUCCGUCAUUUGUCUUUUAUACAAAAAUUACAAGAGGUUUAUGUAUACUUGGAAUAAAUAUGGCCGGUUUUACACAAAAGUACAGAACGUCCUGUUUUAUGGAAAAGAUGCCUCUUAACUCAAGUUUUAGAUAUUCUAGAUUUACUAGCUAAUGUAAAACAUAUUUAAAAAAGAUAAAACUUUAUAUGCUAAACUAAAUGCGGUGCUUACAGAGAUGUUGUGAAAAUGAUUGUUUCACCUUUACAGGAUGGGAAAUCACUAUAGUGAUGUUGAAAAGUGUCAUAUUUUGAGGCAAGGAGUGUGUGGUACAAUGAAUAAUAUAAUAAAUCUUACUUAAGGAAAAGCUGUAAGAUUUUAAAAGUAGAUCUUCGCUUCGCCUUCUAAAGUUAAGUCUAAAAUGUACUCUUUGCUUUCCGUUUCUUAGUAUAUUUUAUCACUUUUUACUUUUCGUUUUUUUGUUAGUUUGUUUCUUCAUUUGUCCGAGAUAAGAAUUUAUGACUUCAAGAACGAGGAAGGAAGGGAAGAGAAGGGAGAUAGAGAUAAGAAAUACGAUUAUUGAAACGGUCGCAAAGAGGAUAAAAGACAAGAAACAGGACAGAAAGAAUAUAUAGUAGAUUAGAUUUAAAGAUCAAUAAACAAAAGAAUGUACAUUAAAUAUUUAUAUUUGAUUUAAAUACGUAAAAUUUGGAGUUAUACAAUUGUAUAGUACAUACAAUUUGUAACUUUAUAAUUUAUU